CUCUACUCUAGUAGAAAAAAUCGCGCCGAAAUUUCAAGCUAUAAAAGCAUUUCUUUUGCACAAUUAAAGUUCAGUGUUACGACAAACGGCGUUCAAUUAAAAUAGUACAAAAAUGUGUGUGAAGUUGGCAUUAUUAGCCAUCCUUUGUUUUGGCGGUCUGGUGGCGCACAGUAUUCCCUUGACGAGGUUCAAGCGUGCAAUAGAAGAAGCAGGAAAUAGCAAGUCUUCGCCUGACCCAAUUUCAGAAAGAUCUGGAUUGGUGGACUAUGAGCUACCCACUGAAACCAAGACCGUUCCUACUGCGAAAUACUUCCAGGACAUGUACGUAGCGCAGAACAACCCUAAAGAACUCGAAUUUGGUCACGUGGCAGAAAACCUAAAUGAGUGGGAGCAGCGAUUCGAAAAAAUUAACUUGGAUAAUCUAAAUCGUCAAGGAAAGGAACAAUGUAAAUAUGUAAGAUGGGGAGACAAAAAUGGAGGAUAUGGUGAACAUUACUGGGACUUCAACCACGCUGGACAAGGUGACGAUGAAGAAGGCAAGGAAAGUCAGCAGAAUGAAGAAUCCUCUGAAGGUGGAGAAACUCAAGAAACGCUUAACUCAUACCAAGUUCUACCCAGAGAAAAGAGAAAUCCAGAUGAUGAUGUUGAAUUCAUCAGCGAUCAGGCCAAAUCAUCAAUUCUAAAUGACAGAACACCCAAACAUGGCGGAAAUUACCGAAAAGCAAAAGAAAUUAGAAUUAAGCGACAGCCGCAGCCUAUAAAUCCCGCUUAUUUAGUUUUUGAUGUUGCUACUGGAAAAAUCACAGACCAAAAUACAGGAACCCAAUAUCAGUUAAAAGAAGUGCAAUGAUAGUGUUAGUAUCAAAGACUUACUAACUACUAUUUCUGAGAAAUUCAAAGCCAUGAUAGACAAAAAAUGUAGUUUCAAUUUUGCAAC